AUGGCGGAAGUGACUCGCCGGACUAGCUCUUCGGUCAUCUCCGGUAAUAAAUUCCGUUCUAAGACUCCGUCGUCGUGUCCUUUCUCUUGUACGACUUCCGCUACAGGCUUCUCUCCUCGCUCAAACCCUAGAUCUCUGAUCGGGAGGUCACCGUCGCCGUCGCCGGCGACUCGUCUCAGUACCUACAAUCCAGUGACGUCGGUGGACCGGGAGAAUUACAGUUCCCCGGCGGCGACGAACAAGAACAGGGGAAUCUCGGGUCAAUUUCCAAACCCGCCUCCGAAGCGGGCUUGCAUGUGCGCCCCGACAAACCAUCCCGGGUCGUUUCGUUGCAAAUUGCAUAAGGGCGGCGGCGGCGGUAAUAUCUAUAACACUUCUCCUAAUUCUGUUUCUUCCGGCGGUGGCAAUUCGAAUUCCAAAGGCGGCGGCAGGUUGAUUCUGAGGCGGUUGGCGCUGUUUAUUUCGUUGUCGAGGAUCGGAGCGGCGGUGGAAGCCCGUAGUUUAGCAAAGAGAUCAGCCUCGCUUACUACUACUUCAAUUUGGCCAUCGCCUUUUCAGCAGAGCCGACCCGCAAAACUCCGCGGGUUUGAGGAGCAGAGCAAAAAGGUGAAACUCCGCGGGUUUGAGGAGCAGAGCAAAGAGUCUCUCUCCGGCGGCAAGAAACCCGUUGUAGUUAUGGCAGAAGCCAUUCGCCGGAGUCCCUUUGUCUCCCCGCCUUCUGGAAAAUUCUAUUUUCCUAAAACUCCGUCGUCGUCUCCUUUCGCUUGUUCCAACGCAGCCUAUCCCCCAGCUCGAUCAAAACCUAAAGCUCUCUUCGGAAGAUCAUUGUCACCGCCGGCGGUGGCGGCUACUCUUAUCAAUCUCUACAAUCCAACACAGUCUAUCCGGUUUUCGUUGGACCUUAACAAUAAGAAUUAUAAUCCCCCCAACCGCUCAAUUUCCGGAUCAUGGACGACGACGGCGAAGAAGAAUAACAACAACGGAACAACAGCGGUUCAAUCUCCAAAGCAAACUCCGCCAAAAAAAUCUUGUAUGUGUUCUCCGACGAACCAUCCCGGUUCGUUUCGUUGUAAAUUGCAUAUUGGCGGGAAUAAGGCUUCUCUUUCUAACGGCGGGAACAAUAAUGGCGGUAGCGCGCCAUGUAAUAAUAUUUCGAAUUACAACCGGUUGAUUCUGAGGCGUUUGGCGCUUCAUAAUUCGUUGGGAGAAAUCAAACCGGCGAAAGGCGAUGAUUUACUAGUAAAGAAGGCGUUGGCUUCUACUACUUCAAUUUGGCCACCGCCUUCUCAACGUAGCCGACGCGGGAACUUCAAUUUCAAACCGCGCCCCAGCCGCCUCUCCAUCAUGUCUAAAGCAUGA